UAUGAAUCGUGUCAGUACAAUGUGUUUUCCCUUGUAGAUAACUUUUAUUAUCUUCAGUUUAAAUAUUUAUGAAGUUCCUUAUGAUGUAAAAAAACAUCAAACUCUUUCAUUGCUGCAUUUGUGUCCAUAAUGGGAUAUGAAGUUACGCGUUUUAAAGGAGAAGUUGACGAAGAGCUGAUCUGUCCAAUAUGUUCAGGGGUUUUGGAAGAACCUAUGCAUGCACCUCAAUGUGAACAUGCAUUUUGCAAAAGUUGCAUUAAUGAGUGGCUUACCAGGCAGCCCUCUUGCCCUGUUGAUCGUCAACCAAUAACUCCUAAUGAAUUGAAACCUGUUCCUCGGAUUCUUCGCAAUCUACUUUCUCGUUUACUUAUUAUGUGUGAUAAUGCAAAUUUUGGAUGUACAGCUGUUAUUAAAUUAGAACGUUUGGAAGUUCAUAAAGAAGAGUGCGAGCAUAAUCCGAAAAGACCUGUGCCAUGUGAACAAGGCUGUGGACUAGUCAUUCCUAAAGAUGAAUUAAGGGACCACAACUGUGUCAGAGAAGUGAGAAUAAUGCUUCAAACCCAGCAGUACAGAAUUAAUGAGAUGCAGUGCGCUAUCAAUGAAAUCAGAAGAGAAAUUGGUUUGAUGAAGACUUACAUGCAAGACUGUGUGCGUGCUAUAAGAUUGGCUAAUCCAAGUAUUCCAGCUGUAGUUGAGUCAUUAGAACAAGAUGAAACAGUGAGGUGGGCCAACUCUUUGCAAAGAGCUCGAGUCACUCGUUGGGGUGGAAUGAUAUCUACACCAGACUCUGUUUUGCAAACUUUGGUAAGGAGAGCUUUAUCUGAAAGUGGAUGUCCUCCUCAUGUUACUGCUGAGCUUAUGGAAAAUGCACAUGAAAGAAGAUGGCCUCCUGGGUUAAGUACUUUAGAAACACGCCAAACAAAUAGAAGGUACUAUGAAAAUUAUGUGUGUAAAAGAAUUCCUGGGAAGCAGGCUGUUGUUGUGAUGGCUAUUGAUAAUCCACAUAUGAAUGAUGAUAUGGUGCUUGAACCUGGAUUAGUUAUGAUUUUUGCUCAUGGUAUUGAAUGAUGUCCAGCUCUUGCAAUA